CUGCUGGGAGUCGUAGUCCGGAGGCGCUUCCUUGGGCCUAGGCGAGCCCAGUGGCCUUCGGAGGCUUCUGCCGGCCGAUCGGGUAGCCUUGCUUCCUUCUCUCUCUCCCGGCUGGCCAGAAAUGGCGACGUCGACGGACCCAGAGCUGGAGGAGUUGCUUGAAAGUGCUCUUGAUGACUUCGAUAAGACCAAGCCAACUGCUGUGCCUCCCUCCUCCGCCGACACCGUUGGGGACAACAGCAGCAGCAGUUCUGAGAAAUCACCGGGAGAUGCAGCUAAAGAUUCCCUCUUUGCCUCCCAGGAGAAGUUCUUCCAGGACCUCUUUGACAGCGAGCUUGCUUCUCAGGCCACCGCUGAGUUCGAAAAGGCGAUGAAGGAGUUGGCUGAGGAGGAGCCCCACUUGGUCGAACAGUUCCAGAAACUCUCGGAAGCGGCGGGCCGAGUCGGGAGUGAUCCCUCAUCCCAGCAGGAGUUUACUUCCUGUUUGAAAGAAACGCUUAGUGGCUUGGCAAAGAAUGCCAAUGACUUGCAGAAUGCAAGCGUGAGCGAGGAGGAGCUGGCGAAGACUAUGGAAGGCCUGGGCCUGGAAGAUGGGGAGGGCGACGGGAAUCUCCUGCCCCUCAUGCAAAGCAUCAUGCAGAACCUCCUCUCCAAGGAUGUGCUCUACCCCUCCCUCAAGGAAAUCACUGAGAAGUAUCCGGAGUGGCUCCAGAGCCACCGAGAAUCCCUGCCUCAAGAGCAGUAUCAGAAAUACCACCAGCAGCACAGCAUCAUGGGCAAGAUCUGUGAGCAGUUUGAGGCCGAGCAGCCUCUGGACGGUGAGACGGAGCACAAGGCCCGCUUUGAGAGGAUCCUGGAUCUAAUGCAGCAGCUCCAAGACCUGGGACACCCUCCUAAGGAACUUGCUGGAGAAUCGCCACCUGGCCUAAACUUUGACCUUGAAGGGUUGAACCUGCCAGACGCUGCUGGUGCCGGAGGAGAGCAGUGUCGAAUCAUGUGACACCCCCGGCCCCGAUGAGGAGAUUGUGGCUAUGGGGGGCCAUGUCUUGGUGGGAUAGUCUUUUCUUGAACUCACCAGGUGCCUGAAGGAGGCUGAGCCAACACUAAUAAGAUGAUGAUUUGUAUGAAAGCCCAAGUGGGUGUGCAGGUGGCAGAGAGCGGAUCCCCUCAGCUCUGGUAAGGGCUCUGCUGCUGUUCUGAUGCACCCCUUUUUCUGCUGCUGCCUAUUGGCGCCUCUUGAGGAGUCACAGAGAUGAAGCUAGAGAGUUAACCCUCUCUCUCCCAUUUGUUUCCUGAUGGUAGGGUCGUUUCCUUUUCUGUUGCUGGCAAAGAAGGAGGAGAAAAUGCCCCACUCCUGCCUGGUAGCUGGUCGCGCCGCUUAGGCCUAGACACUUGGAUGAGGCACAGAUUAGCCAGGAUAAGGCCACCCUUGCCCUUGCCAACAGAGGAAGGGCAGCGGCCACCUUGUGUGUACUCUCUGUCCAUUUUGGAAACACUUCUUAAUCAAACCCCAUUAUUCUUGCUCAGUGCAAGAAUGACAGGUGGCUCUUCCUUCCCCCUUCACAUGUUGCUGCUGCUUUUAACGCCCUGCCUUCCCUUUUGACUUAACGCCACACCUUUCUUGGGACUGCUGGCUAGGAACCAGUUCUUUCUUGUAACUUAGAACACAGUGCUUUGUGAAUGGGGUUUCCUGCCAGGAGGAAGAACAGGGUGGAUGGAUCACGCUUGGAAGCCAGGUUGGUGGAAGGGAGGGAGGAGAAAACAAGAGUCAAGUGGCCGAGACUUCUUCCUUUCCUGAGCCUGGCAUGUCGUGAUAUGAAUUGAUAAAAGGCAUUUGUCAAAAUAAAGAUAGACAUUAAUACUUGGA